GCAACAAUGGCCUCAUCAGUCCUGGGAAUGAUCAAGGAGGAGGUGACCUGUCCUAUCUGUCUGGACCUCAUGGUGGAGCCUGUGAAUGCAGAUUGUGGUCACAGCUUCUGCAGAACCUGCAUCACACUGAACUAUGAGUCCAACAAACGCAAAGAAGGGGAGGGCAUCUGCCCUGUGUGCCGAGAUAGUUACCUGUUUGGGAAUCUGAGGCCUAAUUGGCACAUGACCAGCAUAGUCGAGAGGCUAACACGGUUCGAGUCCAGCCCAGAGGAGGAGCAGAAGGUGAAUGUCUGUGCACAACAUGGAGAGAAACUCCAGCUCUUCUGUGAGAAGGACAAGGUGGCCAUCUGCUGGCUUUGUGAGAGAUCUCAGGAUCACCAUGGUCACCAAACAGCUCUCAUUGAAGAGGUGGCCAAUAAGUAUGAGGGGAUGCUCCUGUCUGCCCUGGAGAUGCAGAUGGCUAAUGAGGAAAUAUGUGACCAGUGGGAAGACGACCUUCAAAAGGAGAGAGUUUCCUGGGAGAACAAAAUACAGAGGGAUGUAGAAAAUGUCCAGAAGGAGUUUAAAGGACUGCGGGAAUUCUUGGACUCCAAGGAGAAGAAUGAGCUGCAGAAGCUGAUGAAAGAGAAAGAAGACAUUCUGAAAAGGCUGGAGCAUUCUCAAAAUGAGCUGGGGAAACAGAGGGAGUCAGUGAGAGACCUCAUCUCAGAUCUGGCAUGUCAGCUGCAGUGCUUAACCAUGGAGAUCCUGGAGGGUGUAAAUUGUGUUUUAACAAGGAGUCAGAAUUUAAGACUGAAAGAGCCCAAUAUCAUCUGGAGAAAAGAGAGAAAGAUCUUCCAAGCUCCAGAUCUGGAAGGCAUGCUGCAAGUGUUUCAAGGGCUCCGGGAUGCCCAGCGCCACUGGGUUCACGUGACCCUGCGUCAACUCAACAAUAAGCACAUUGUCAUUAAUGAAGAAAAAAGACAAAUACAACAUAGAAGUGGUUAUAGAAGAAAUUUGCAAGUUUCUGAGUUCUAUGAUUUAGGUGUUCUGGGGUUUCCUUCUAUCCACUCAGGGAAACAUUACUGGGAAGUAGACGUGUCUAGAUGUGAUGCCUGGCUCCUGGGAAUAAAUGAUGGAAGAUGUGCUCAACCCCAGCUUCCUUCAAUGAAUCAGCAGAGUGUCAAAGCCAAAUAUAAUUCUGAUGCUAACCAACAUGUAAAUUAUCAGCCGAAAUGUGGUUACUGGGUUAUAGGAAUGAGGAACAGGUCUGUGUAUAAUGCCUUUGAAGAGUGUUCUGUCACCCACAAUGCCAGUGUCUUGCUCCUCUCUCUGACUCAUCCUCCCACUCGUGUUGGAGUGUUCCUGGACUGUGAAGCUUGCACUCUCUCAUUUUAUGAUGUUUCCAGCCAUGGAGCUCUCAUCUAUAGAUUCUGUAAACCUUCCUUUCCUAGUGCAGUUUAUCCAUAUUUUAAUCCUAUGGGUUGUUCAGAGCCAUUGACAGUCUGUGGGCCACCCUCCUAA